AUGUCAGUGUCCUCAACAGUCUCUCUAGAUUCAACAUCUUCUGCCGAAUCUAAUCGUCCUGAAGCGAGAGCUUCUCAGAUGAAAAUCACCCCUGUUGAUCAGUCUAUCAAGACUUUCUUGCGAAUCCGCCCCUCGGACAAAUCUUCCUCGAUGUCAAAUGACAGUAGCUAUCUUGGAGUCUUGAACGAUACCGAUGUACUCAUGGUACCACCACCAAGCCCAAAGCAACGAAAAACGUCCGAGUACAAGUUCACCAGAGUGUUUGACGAGUCAGCGACACAGUCAAGGAUCUUCGAGGAGACCUGUUUACCAUUGUUGACGCCCCUCUUUCGUCAAGACAACUACAAGGCACUUAUUUUCUCACAUGGCGUCACCAAGUCUGGAAAAACACACUCAACCAUCGGAUCACCGGAACAAGCUGGAAUUAUCCCAAGGACUUUGAAAGUUCUUUUCGACUCGAUUGCCGAGAGUUCACAGGACGUCAACACACCCACACAAUAUCGGCCUUUCCGUGUUCAUGAUGUCGAGAUCAAUGUCGACGAGCGGAGGGACAACGAAGCCAUGAAAUCCAUUCGUGCAUUGGACAGCAAUCUAGCAACAUGGUUCCAAUAUCUCGCCAUCGACCCAUUAGACUUCAAUAUUAGAGAUCUUUUGGUCGAGAACCCAAGCAACAGAAACUCGCAAGUGGUGUCCUUGCCAGAAGGAAUGAAUUAUUCGAUCUGGAUUUCGUGCGCAGAGAUCUCCUCGGAAAGGAUUUACGACCUCUUGGCAACGCCAUCUGCGCCACCCGUACGAUCGAUCAAGUCGACCGAUCCGAAACGCCCACAACUGUUCCUUACUACCGACAACGCCACUCAUCAAAAAUACAUUCAAGACUUGCGAGAGGUCAACGUCAGGACACUGGAGGAGGCAAUAAUGGUUCUUCGAGCAGGAUAUCGCCAAAGACGGUUGUAUACCGUUCUCACCAAUAGACCGUCUCCAAGGAGCCACUGCAUCGUCACAAUCAAAGUCCUUAAGACACCUCAGUUUGGAGAAAGUGCACUGAAGGAUGCAGCCAAAGGAAAGACGUCUAUUUCGAGAUUGUCAAUUGUCGAUCUCGCUGGAUCUGAGAUGCUUCGCACCAUGACCAGCAGUGCGGGUCAUGGAAUCAAGGAUCCAGGAAACGGUGACACAAGUUUGAUUGUACUUGGUCAUUGCCUGAAAGUUCUACGUUCAAAUCGUACGACGAACUCAAAGAACCCACAGGAAGUUCCAUUUCGGCAGAGCAAGCUGACGCAGCUUUUUCAAGGAUCAUUGGAGGCCGGCCCUGCCAACUCUCAGGUGUGCUUGAUUGCUAACAUCAGCCCCUAUCGAUCCAAGUUCGACGAAACGACACGGACCCUGGAGUUUGCUACUUCACCCAUAGAGUCUUCUCGGACACGAAUAAUGGACAUCCACGUAGAUUCCGAAACCUCGCUCAGCAAUAUCAAGCGCCUCUCAACUAGCCCUGGCUCAGUUUCGCACCAGCAGCCGACAACUGGCCAAACGAUCGACGACUCCUCUUCCAAGCAGCGCCACACCGGAGAUGUUACCAUGCUAUCCCAGGGUCAAAACGAAACUUCCGACAUGGACUUUGACGAGGACAAGAGUUGUGACAAACCUAUCGAGAUUGAGUCGGAGGAGGCGGUCAUGGUCGAGAAGGAACGCCCGUUGGCAGAACAAAGCGACGCCACGACUGUCUCGGGAUCGAUUCACUGUGUUUCUGUCAGAUGCCUUGAGACGAUUACCAGCCUGCAGGAGAAAUUUGACAGGCACCGGGAGGCGUUCGAGAUGCAGAUUAGCACUCGCGAUCAGGGAUUGGAGACUCUGAAGAAUCAGCUGGCUGAAAAUUCGAGAAAGAUGGAGAAGCAGGAGAAGAGUUGUCAGAUCCAGGACAAGGAGAUACAAGAAUUGAGGGUGGCGCUGGUUAAGAACGAUGACGACCGAGCAGCUCAAGACAGCCUCCAGGCGGUCUUAAAGCAGGAGAUCAAAGCCUUGAGGGACCAGCUGGCAGAGACUGAGAGGGAUAAAAUGGAGCGGGAGAAGGAAAUUCUAUCCCGGAACGAGCAAGUCCAGGAAUUGAAGGUAGCCUUGGCCGAGACUAUCGCCAACCGAGUCACGCCGGAAACGGCCCACUCGCUACACCAGGACAUCAAGUCCUUGACAACUCAGCUACUGGAGAGUGCAAGGAAGAAGGAAGAGUUGGAAGAAAGAGUUCGGUCCCGCGACGAGGAAGUCCGAGAGUUGAAGCAAGAGGUCGUCGACGCCGAAGCCACUCGAGCCUCACAGGAAACCCAUCACAACUCAGUAGUGCGGUCCUUAGAGGUGAAAAUCGAGGGCCUGAGAGCCGAUUUGAAACACGCAGCGUUCGAGCGACGAGAGCAUGAUGAAGCGAUGGAUGUACGGUUUCAAGAGCAGGAGGACAAACUUUUGGGACAGAUGCAGGCACUGGCGGAUAGCUUGAACGUUAACCAUGAGCUGGAAUUGACUCAGCUGAGAGAAGCACUGGUCACGAGCGACAAGAAGUGUCUUGCGAUGACAGAACGGUUCCAGUCGGGCGAUCGCGAUCAGAGCAUGGUCGUACUUGUGAGAGACUUGGAAGCGGCCGAUGAGACCCGAUCGGUGUUGGAGAGAAAGUUGGCAAAGGCGAACGAGACUAUCGACGCAUGGAAUACUUGGUUCGCAGACUCUCCGGUCACGAAACUGGCCCGAGGCGCUGCUCAUGCUUCUGUUCCAGACUUGACAACCGUUGCUGCCAGUGAUCGCUCUGCUCCAGAUGACUCAUUGCUCGCCUUGGACCAAAUUAAUACCAAUUCGGUGGCCGCGGAAGUGUUGGCGACGAUUAAGGACGCAGGAGACAUGGCUGUGGAACAGGCUACUCUGGAGGAGGACUUUGUGGAGCAUGUCGACGAGGCCAUAGCCUUUAGGGACGUACUACACGACGACCCUCUGAACGAUCCUCAGAACAACCCUCAAGGCGACCCUCAGGGUGACACUCAAGACUACAUUCAGGUCGAACCUCAAGAUCAUCUUCAGGACGAUCCUCAAGACGACCCUCAGAACGAGCCUCAAGGCGAACCUCAGUUCAACCCUCAGGACGCCGAUGAGACCACGACAGGGGAUCGAACAGAGACCGUUGUAACUGAGCAGACCGGGUCGGCACACAUCAAGCAUGGAAACCAGUCAUCGGAUCCCUCACUUGACGUUAAGACAGUAUCCCGUCCUGCUGUAUCUGCUGCCAUCGCUCAUCCAGACUUCGUGAACAUUAUUGAAAUCGAAUCUGACUCGGAAGAUGAGUACCAUGCCACGCUCAAGUGGACGAAAAUAAGCGAUCGAUUUGCGCGGGUUCAGCAGUUCGCCGAGUCAAGUGCCGAAUCGAGUCGACAGUCAUCGCAGGACACAAGUGAUAAGGCAUCGUUCAAGGCCAAAGAUUCCAAGCUGUCGACCAAUAAGCGCACAAGUACUCGAUCGAGAUCGUUGCCAGGCCAUCAGGAAACGCUGACGACUAUCACAUCUCGAUCCUCGCCAGCCAGAGUGACACGCUCUCGCUACUCGCUUCCCAACAACCCGACCGUGAGCUCCCAAACUAGGUCUUCGGCGAUCCAGCCUCCAAUCAAGAAGACGAGACUGUCGACCGGCACCAAGUCGUCUCUGCUGUUCAAGGAUAGUGACAUCGAUGAGGAUCAAGAGCGUUCCCAGGUGGAGGACAGCGUGGGUCCGUCAUUGCCGCAGACGUCAAAGACAUCCAACAUCCAGACUGAAGAGGGCGUGGAGUCGGGUCUUGACACCACUGUGGUCCACCCCGUAGCUGGUAGCUUUGAGACGACUUAUGCGAUUACAGCCCAGGAGCCCUCCAACCUGCAAGUUCCCGUGACCCCUCAAGAAUCGAAGAGAGUGGCCGCCCAAGGAUCUCCAAGGGAUGAGGACGACGCCAUGCUGCUUGCACCCGGUCUUGUUGCUAGCGAGGACGAUCAAGAAGGGGGCCGGUCGCCAGACUUUACUCCUGAGAACGUCAUCCAACCGGACCUUUCGCUAAACUUUGGAGUUGAAGACAUGCAGGCGGAACCUUCCCCAGACUUUGAACCCGAGGACGACUUGCCAGCGCGUCCUGUGCAGAACGCUGGACCUGAGGAUUACCUACAAGCAGACGAGUACGAGAUGGCACAGGAAGGUUCGCAUGAUGGUAGCGAGGAUACGUUGGCGAGGAGUGCCCCUGGCGACCGAAUGGAGUUGCCGCGCGCGAUUGACGACCAUAUCGGCACCCCUGCGGCAAAAAUAUCUCCGGUCCGACCUAUUUACCCAAAGCUUGAGUUAAUGACCCCUUCUCCACGGCGAACAUCUCCAUCGCGUCCACCUGUCCUCUCAAAGUAUGGGGCUGCGGACGACAAGUGGACUAAUCCUACGUGGGAGUCCUUUGACGCCAGACUGGGGGAGCAUGAGGCUCCUUUGGAGACUCCUGACCGAUUACGUUCAUCAUGGCCCCGUCCUGCUCUUGAUGUACCUAUGACCAAGCUGGAUCCGUCGUUGACUACAGAGAGAGACCCGGAGUACCCUCUGAUAUCCCAUGUUGACGAUGAUUUGGAUUAUGACGGUGAGAGGUAUCACAGCCGCCAGGUCGGAGAUAUGGAUGGUGACGAUGAGUCCGAUGGGGAUAAGGAUUUGAAUGGGGCGAUAUCGGAGUACGACAGCGCGCAGGAAUCGCUUGAUACCGAAGAUUCGAACGAGUUCCCGCUUGAGACGAAGGCGAAGAUUGAUGCAGGGGACAAGGAGAACGAUGACCCAAAAAGUAAUAAGAAGGUAGAGCCGCAGUCAGCCAAGGCCAUGGGAAAGGGCAAGGGCAAGGGCGAGAUGAAGGCGAUUGAUGAUGAUGAGCUGACGGUCAAGGACGAGGAUGAGGACAGCGAAUCGAUGAAGAAGGAUGUGAUGAUGUGUGGACUGAGGCCGAAGUUGAAGAAGAGGAAGCUGCGACAGGCGCCGACGGUGUUUUCGGAUGAGAUGGACGAGAAGGUUGACAUGUAUGUUCAGCCAGCCAAGAAUAACGCGUCCAAGCAGCUCCAUCGCAAGCUGAAGAGCAAGAGCAAGAGCAGGAUGCACUAA